CUUUUAGGAUAAUUAGGGAGUUUUGGGCUGAUUAAGGUUUGAUAGUAUUUGUGAUCAAGGAAGUAAUGAUGUAGAAAUUUCGAUAUGAGCAUAAAAUCUUCCUUCACACUUCUCAUCAGACUCUUGGCUUAUUUUCUGAUAAGAAUAAAAGUUGAUCGGGAUCACCAGAUAACUACAACACAGACAUGAAAUGACUAGUAUCAAUAAUGAAAGACUCUUAUUAUGCAGUUAUGAGCUUGAGACUGGUGAAGAAGCUGAAGAAAGGAGGUAGAAGAGAUGGGGGUAGUUUUUGAGUCAUAAAAUUCUCAUAUUUCAAGAAACCCAUAUUGACCUCAAACACCUCGCACAAGAACCCAAGACACCACCCAUGGUACAAAAUCCCCUUCCAACCUCAAAUCUCCUCUCCAACCCAACCUAAAAUUCCAUCUAAAUUAAAAAUACAGAAGAGAAUAUUAACCUAUAAAAUUCUGACAAAAUAUCAAAGAAACUUCUAGAAGCAUACAAUUACUCGCAAUCAUCAAAUUAGC